AUGGGCCCAAACGGCGACUCUCUCUCCUCCAAUGACGUACAACAACAGAUAACCGAGACAAAUACAUCCGUUGCCGACUCAGAGUCCUCAGAUGUUUAUGACGGCGUGAAAAGCCAGCUGGAUACUCUGACGGGCGGUAGUUCGAUCUCGGAGAUCCCAAGCAAAGCCACAGCGGUGGCAGGAGAAACGGCUGCCACUAUAAAAGAAACCGUUAUUGACAAGGCAGUCCCUGCGGCCGGGGAAGCCUUGCAAAAUCUGGGAAACCAGAUCCGGAAUCUCACGGGUGAGGUGGAAGAGACUAUUGAGGAGGAUCUGGACUUGGAAAAACAUUCGGAACACAUUGAUAAGAUGGACACAGAGCGGCUUUGUGACUUUUUGCGAGAAAAGCAUAAGAGUACAGCGCCAUCCUUGCAGACGAAAUAA